AUGAAGAUUUCGCCACCAGCUACCUCAUCAACGCAAGGCGCUGAGGACAAGACCAACCAGCCCCUUCCUGUACAGAACACAGCAGCUGAUAUGGAUGACGAGGAUGCUGAGAAUGGUGGGGCACAAGCCAAUGACGUCCAAAAAGAAGAUGUCAAAGUACAACAAGACCAAGACGACGAAGCCUCAGCGCCAGUGGAGGAUGAGAAGGUCCCGUUGGGCCCUCAUGGACCGAACUGA